GGGCUGGUGGCGCCCGCCACGGCCGCCUACCGCGAGGUGUGGCAGGGGAACCUGAAGCCCAAGGGCCUGGGCCAGAGCAAGAACCUGACAGGCGUGUACCGCCUGUGCCUGUCUGCGCGCACCAUCGGCUUCGUGAAGCUGAACUGCGAGCAGCCGUCGGUGACGCUGCAGCUCAUGAACAUCCGCCGCUGCGGCCACUCCGACAGCUUCUUCUUCAUCGAGGUGGGUCGCUCGGCUGUCACCGGCCCCGGCGAACUGUGGAUGCAGGCUGACGACUCAGUGGUGGCCCAGAACAUCCAUGAGACCAUCCUGGAGGCCAUGAAGGCGCUCAAGGAGCUCUUCGAGUUCCGGCCGCGCAGCAAGAGCCAGUCGUCUGGCUCCUCUGCCACUCACCCCAUCAGCGUCCCCGGCGCGCGCCGCCACCACCACCUGGUUAACCUGCCUCCCAGCCAGACGGACCUGCAGCACCCCCUGCACCACCACGCGGGCCAGCGGCCCUCCAGUGGCAGCGCUUCAGCCUCUGGCUCCCCCAGCGAUCCCGGCUUCAUGUCCCUGGAUGAGUACGGCUCCAGCCCUGGGGACGUGAGAGCCUUCUGCAGCCACAGGAGCAACACGCCUGAGUCCAUCGCCGAGACACCCCCUGCCAAGGAUGGGAGUGGGAGCGAGCUAUACGGGUACAUGACCAUGGACAGGCCCCUGAGCCACUGUGGCCGCCCCUACCGUCGAGUCUCAGGGGACGGAGCCCAGGACUUGGACAGAGGGUUGAGGAAAAGGACUUACUCCCUGACCACACCUGCCCGGCAGCGGGCGGUGCCCCAGCCCUCCUCUGCGUCCCUGGAUGAAUACACCCUGAUGCGGGCCACCUUCUCUGGCAGCUCUGGCCGCCUCUGCCCAUCCUGCCCCACGUCUUCUCCCAGAGUGGCCUAUCACCCUUAUCCUGAGGACUAUGGUGACAUUGAGAUUGGGUCCCAUAGGAGCUCCAGCAGCAACCUGGGCACGGAUGAUGGCUACAUGCCCAUGACCCCUGGAGCGGCCCUCAUGGGUGGUGGCAGUGGCAGCUGCAAGAGUGACGACUACAUGCCCAUGAGCCCCACCAGCGUGUCUGCCCCGAAGCAGAUCCUGCACCCACGGGUUGCUGCUGCAGCUCUGCCCACCACCGGCCCUGCAGCAGCGCCGGCACCCACCAAUGUGGCCGGCCGGGCCUUUCCGGUGAACAGGGCCAGCUACAAGGCUAGCUCCCCGGCAGAAAGCUCUCCUGAGGACAGUGGCUACAUGCGCAUGUGGUGUGGCUCCAAGCUGCCUACGGAGAGCACCGACAGCAAGCAGCUUCCCAACGGGGACUACCUCAACAUGUCCCCCAGCGACGCGGGCACCGCGGGAACCCCACCCGACUUCUUCACCGCAGCCUUGCACGGCGCUGGAGAGAUGCUCAGGAGCGUCCCUGGCUACUGCUACAGCUCCUUACCCCGCUCCUACAAGGCUCCCUACACCUGCAAUGGGGACAACGACCAGUACGUGCUCAUGAGCUCCCCCGUGGGGCGCAUCCUGGAAGAGGAGAGGCUGGAGCCUCAGGCCAGCGUGGGGACCACGCACCUGGCCAGCAGCGUGGUGGCUGGGGUCGGUGGGGGCAGCCACGCUCAGCCUCCUCACUCCGUAGUGCCUUCUGCAGGGAGGCAGAGUGGCAGCAGCAGUAGCCGCCCCGAGGGCUUCCUGAGCCAGCGCUGCCGGGCAGUGAGGCCCACGCGCCUGUCCCUGGAGGGGCUUCAGACCCUGCCCAGCAUGCACGAGUGCCCCCCACCGCCCGAGCCCAAGAGCCCGGGCGAGUACAUCAAUAUUGACUUUGGCGAGGCUGGAGCGCGCUUGUCGCCCCCGGCCCCUCCGAUGAUGUCUGGCACCCCGGGCACGAGCAGCGACAGCCGGCAGCGCUCCCCGCUCUCUGACUACAUGAACCUGGACUUCAAUUCCCCCAAGUCACCCAAGGUGGAUAAAAAAAAAGGGCUCCCGCCGCUGCCCCCGCGCCCUGCCGCCCCCUCCUCCAGUUCGCAGCUGCAGCCACCUCCGCCACCCCCUCCAGGGGAGCUGUACCGCCUGCCUCCUGCACCCACAUCCCAGGGCCCCAGUGCUGCCUCCUCUUCGUCCUCGGAGACUGGGGACAAUGGUGACUACACCGAGAUGGCCUUUGGCGUGGCUGCCACCCCGCCACAACCCAUCGUGGCCCCCCCCAAGCCAGAUGGUGCCCGCGUGACCAGCCCCACGUCCGGCAUGAAGAGGCUGAGUCUCAUGGAUCACGUGUCUGGGGUCGAGGCCUUCCUGCAGGCUGGCCAGCCCCCAGACCCCCACCGGGGGGCCAAGGUCAUCCGUGCAGACCCACAGGGGGGCCGCCGCCGCCACAGCUCUGAGACCUUCUCCUCCACCACCACUGUGACUCCCGUGUCGCCGUCCUUCGCUCACAACCCGAAGCGCCACAACUCGGCCUCCGUGGAAAAUGUUUCUCUCAGGAAAAGCAGCGAAGGGAGUGGCAGCGGCGUCCUUGGUGGGGGUGACGAGCCCCCUGCGUCCCCUCGCCAGCCGCAGCCACCACUCCCCCAGCAGGCGCGGCCAUGGACACCAAGUCAGCCUGGGGGCCUGGUUGGCUGCCCCGGGGGCAGCGGCUCUCCCAUGCGCAGAGAGACCUCAGCUGGCUUCCAGAAUGGUCUCAACUACAUUGCCAUCGAUGUAAGGGAUGAGCCGGGGCUGUUGCCGUCUCCACAGCAGCACCCACACCUGCAUCCGCAUCCGCAGCCAGGCGACAAGAGUGCCUGGGGCCGGACCCGUAGCCUCGGGGGCCUCAUCAGCACUGUGGGGGCCGGCAGCACCGGUGGGGUGUGUGGGGGGCCAGGCCCUGGAGCGCUGCCCUCCAACACCUAUGCCAGCAUUGACUUCUUGUCUCAUCACCUGAAGGAGGCCACCAUUGUGAAAGACAUCCAUGAUCUAUCCAGGAGAGCCCCCUUCUCCUCCUGUGCGGAGGAGGCCUCCUGGCCAGCAGCAGCCCCCUCCACUCAUAGUGCCUCCUGCUCUGAAAGCCUGCUGCUGCUGGACCCCCUGCCUUCCACCACAGUGGCCACUGUAGUCGGAGUAGGGCAGGCCCAUUUGGUUGGGCAGCUCUGUGUUACCAACCCAUCAGGCUGAUGGAGUCAGCUCCAGAGUGAAGACCUGCCUGGCUUCAUUACCACAACAUCACACAUCAGAGAAUCACAUGGAAAAGAAGAGGCUCAGCAUUUUAUAAACAUUUGAAGCUGCUUACAGUUGUUCUUUUGGAUCUGAGCAAUUACUUUGUUUUAAACAUCUGCGGCUGUACUAGACAUGAAACCAACAAGGCAAGAACGGCCGCCUCCCUCACUGGCUCCCAUAGGGGGCAUUCAUCCUUGUGCUGUUUGUGUUGUGUUGUGUUUCGUUGUUUUAACACAAUUUGCCGAAGAAGUAAUUCUCAAGAAGAUGGGAUGUUUUCAUUGGCCUUUUAAGUUGUGGCCAGUGUCUUAAUUUCUUCUUACGUUCAUUUUGGCAAAGCCAAUUUGUCCCUCGGCAUGCUAGGAGAUUCUACCGAUACCCAUUAAAGUGGUAAAAUCUGGUAUUUACUGGCAUACACUCAAAACUACCACAGUCCUACCUCAGUUCCAGGUGAAGCCGGAUUUGCGGGGUUGGGGGCCGGCAGGACCUCCGUGUAUCUCUGCUGAAUGUGGCGCCAGUGUGGUCAUCAGCCUUAUUCAACUGGUCCCAGUACACAGCUGCUUGUUGGACUCCAAUCCAGGUUCCUGCGUGUUUACUCACAGACAGAGCCCAGUGUGGGGCUGACGUUUCUCUAUGGGAAUGAAAUUUGUGAUUGGACGUUGAAGAUGGAUUAAUAAAUAAUAAUUAUAUGUAACUAAAGCAGCCUACUUUUGGAAAUCAUCAACUGUAUUGGGUAUUGGGGGUGGGAGGGGAGGUGUUGGGGCAGGGGCUGAAUAUCUCUUUUUAACAGAGUUGUUUAAUCUUCUCUAUGUAGAUGUUUAUGUAGGUACUUCAAAUUGCGAAAGCCUUUGAUCCUAUUUACAAGCUCAAAGGUCUCUGCUGUCCUUAAUCUUGAGCUUGCAUUUCUUUAACCAAAAACUCACCUAGGCAUGCCAGCAAUUCAAGGGUGGUCACCGGUUUAGCAGAGUUUUUAAAAAUGUAUUUAUUAUCUUAACUAUAAUGCUAUGGUGUGGGCCAACGAGGCUUCCCUGAACAAAAGUACAACAAAACACGGGAGGGGGGUGGAGGAAAGAAACUGAUAAAAGAGGCAUUUCCAGCCCUGCAUUGUUAAUGGAAAAAGAAAAAAGAAGGAAAACAAUCUCACAGUACAUGUCACGUGUUGGAAAACUCCUGACAAGACUACGCUUACGUUUUCAGUGUUCUGAAAAUACCAGUGUUGUGUCGAUUCUCACAGGUGUCACCUAAAACUGCUGCCCUUGACCAGCAGAACGUCAUGUCAUCUCGCUGCUCCCUUGACACGUGAUGGAGGGCUCCAGACCUUUUUCUCCCAUGGGUGCAUCCCCAGUGCCUAUCUUCUCUGAUAGUCCUGAAGAGGUUACACUAGUUCAUUGGAGGUGUGAACUUGUUUUUUUUUCUGUUUUUUUUUUGGAGAAAAAAUUAUAUAUAAAUAUAUAGAUAUAUAUCGCUAUAGAAUAAUGCAUUACUAAAAAUGAGGCUUUUUUAGAGGAAGACCAAAAAAUUCAAUGUCUUAAGAAUAUAUUUAAUGGCAAUGCAAACGUCUUCCUGCUUCCAUGCUGAACUCUUAGAACAGAGGAUUGUAUUGCAAGACAAAGUUGAAUGUAAAGUGAUCCCCCUGGACGUUUUUUAAAAGUUUUACUUUUCUAAAAUUACACAUCACAGCAGUGCAUAGAGCGUACGACGUUAGUUUGAAGGUCAAUUUCAGUGUAUAAUAGACAUACUUUAUAAAAAUGUAUAAAAUGUCCUAAAGUGUUGAUUUAGUCUUGGGACUAGGACUCGGGCGGUAUUUGCUAUGUGACUCCCCCAGGUACGUAGGACUGAAUAUGGGCCCUGCUGAAUACAGUGUAUGACGGUAUUUAAGUAGCUCUCUAUACUUAGAGUAGUCAUGCCUCUAUACCAAUGGUUCAUGUUCAUACUGCAACUUCAAACUAGCAAAUGAAAAGUCGGUAAUAUGCUAAAUGUUCCUCUAUCCUGUACAUUUCAAAAAAGGCAUAUGCAAUAUUUACAGUUUUAAUUUAGUUUACAGAAUGGAACCAAAAUGUAUAAAUGUUAUGUUUGCUAAAACUUCACAAUGUAUAUUGGGGUCUUUGUACAUUUUGCCUGACUUACCUUAAAUUUAAAAUAUUUUUUGCUAUAUAAACUUUAACAGUUAUUAAACAGUGUUUUCUUUUUUGGGUACGUAUUGUUUCUGAAUAUCAAGAUGUUAAAUAUAUUUCUUGCUAUUGUGAUAUGACAAAAGACUUAACUAAUCUUGCUCUGUCUUCCACUGUACACGCUGUAUAUAAGGGUCAAUGUGAUGCUGCUGGAGACAAGAAUAAAUGGAACUAGAAUAGUGCAUUGUAUUUAGUCUGUAUUGAUCAUGGAUGCUCUCCUUAAUAGCCAUAUGCAAUAAAAUAAAAUACAUUAUUUAUGAAA